CGGAAUCAUUACAUUGUGAACUACUCGCUUGACUGAUUGAUCUCAACAGUUUCUUUCGUGCCGUUCCGCCUUUUUUGUGUCGCUCACUGUAAAAGUUGUACCUGCAAAUUACCAGCAGCAAGAAAAGUUUAGAGAUAAACCGAUAAAAGUUUAAGAUUUGUUGCUAGAAACGCGGCUGUAAAUCCAACAUUUGUCGUGAUACGAAGUGGACACUAGUAGUUUGGCGGCAUCAGAUCUGCAGAGACUCUGGGACAUUGAACUUCAGUGCCGAAAACAGUGCAUUUUAGAGAACAUUUUGAAUUUUCUAAGCAAUUUUUACUACAUUUUUGAGACCUUUUGAAAAGCAUAUCAAACCGUGAAAAUGGUCCAAUUGCAAGUCAACUCGUCUGAUGUCAAGUACACCGAAAAUUACAUCGAAACCAAUUAUGAAUAUCACACGUCGCACGUUCGACGCCACGGCGACAAAAUUGUGGUUGAUCCACAAGUUACAUCGCUAAAAAUUCGCACAAAUCGUAACGUACCUCGCCUGGGUGUUAUGCUCGUUGGUUGGGGUGGAAAUAAUGGCUCCACUUUGACUGCUGCGUUGGAGGCUAAUCGUAGGAAGUUAGAAUGGCGAACACGCACAGGAGUACAAACCGCCAAUUGGUUUGGUUCCAUUACCCAAGCAUCAACAGUAUUCAUUGGCAGUGAUGAAAGCGGGAAAGAUGUUUAUGUGCCAAUGAACGAAUUAGUGCCAAUGGUUCAUCCAGAUAGCAUUGCCGUUGAUGGCUGGGAUAUAAGCUCUGUCAAUUUGGGAGAUGCAAUGCGCCGUGCUAAAGUUUUGGAUGUUAAUCUGCAGGACCAACUGUACAGUGACUUGUCGAAAUUGAAACCACGACCAUCUAUUUAUGAUGCAGACUUCAUUGCUGCCAAUCAGUCUGAACGCGCUGACAAUACCAUUCCUGGUACAAAAUACGAACAGUUCGAACAAAUUCGAAAAGAUAUCAGAGACUUCAAGAACAAGUCAGGAGUAGAUAAAGUCAUUGUCCUCUGGACAGCCAAUACCGAACGUUUCUGUGAUGUUAAACCUGGAUUAAAUACUACUACUAAUGAAUUGGUUAAGUCACUUAAAGAGAACAGAUCCGAGAUUUCACCGUCAACUAUCUUCGCAAUGGCCAGUAUUGCAGAAGGAUGCACCUAUAUCAAUGGAUCGCCACAAAAUACAUUUGUUCCUGGUGUAAUUGAAAUGGCCGAACAACACAAAGUUCAUAUUGCCGGAGAUGAUUUCAAGUCCGGUCAAACCAAACUCAAGUCAGUAUUAGUAGAUUUCUUAGUUGGAGCUGGUAUCAAACCAGUUUCGAUUGUGAGCUACAACCAUUUAGGCAAUAAUGAUGGAAAGAACUUAUCAGCGCCAAAGCAGUUCCGAUCGAAGGAGAUCUCAAAAAGCAACGUUGUUGACGACAUGGUUGACUCGAAUGAUAUUCUUUAUAAGCCAAACGAACAUCCGGAUCAUGUUGUUGUAAUUAAAUAUGUGCCAUACGUUGGUGAUAGCAAGCGAGCAAUGGAUGAAUACACAAGUGAAAUUAUGAUGGGUGGUCACAAUACGUUGGUCAUCCACAACACUUGUGAGGACUCUUUGUUAGCCACACCACUGAUUUUAGAUUUAGUAAUCUUGGGGGAGUUGUGCUCGCGAAUUGAGAUUAAGAGAAAUGAGGCUGAAACCGAAUGGGUUUCAUUCAAAUCAGUACUAUCGCUUCUAAGUUAUUUAUGCAAGGCUCCGCUCGUGCCGAAAGGUGCACAAGUUGUCAACUCUUUGUUCCGACAACGGGCAGCCAUUGAAAAUGUACUGCGUGCAUGUAUUGGUCUCCCACCGAAUUCCCACCUCGCAUUGGAGCAGAGAUUCGACUUCACUAAAAUCAGUUCAACCCCUGGCAUGAAAAUCAAAUCGAUAAAUGGAGCCGUAAUGAAUGGUAGCAUGCAUGGUGCAAUGAAUGGAACCAUCAAUGGAACCGUGAACGGUUGUGCCAAGGGUAAGGAGCACAAUGGAGUGAGCAACGGUGUGGCGAAUGGUGUAGCAGUGGACCACUAAUUUGUGAGAUUCACUUGGUUAUCCAACGAGAACAUCCUAAAUCAUCUCAUCAUUCCUUAUUCACACAAAUGCAAUGGACAGGAAGUAUUUCUAAUGAAUGAGAAAUGUACGUUGUAAGUUGUUUUAUCCUAGCCCCAUCACUGGCUUCAUUAUCCUUUGAAGCCUUUAUACAAAUCUCUCUGUAUUCCAUAUUUGUUUAAGUGUACCGUAUAUAUAAGGCACCCAACAAAGAAGAAAUUAUUGAAGAGAAAUAUAUAUUUGGAAUAAAUAACUAUUAUGUGAUAAGUUAAGAUAAAAGCAAUGCUAUGAAAAAUUUUAUUUUAAUAAAGAAAAACUUGUGAAAAAGCUAAA